AUGUCGCCUAUAUCCGUCGGCCGAGGCAGCGGCGCUUCCGAGUCUUUCACUCAACUAGCUGAUGCAGAUCUCGAAUCCAUAGGCCGCCACUGCGAAUACUCGUACUGCAACCAGCUCGACUUCCUUCCCUUUAGAUGUAUGUCCUGUCGAGGGACGUUCUGUCUGGAUCACAGGACUGAGACUGCACAUCGCUGCCCAAACGAAGGCGAAUGGGCGCGCCGUCGAGACGGUUCCGCAUCCGCAACCAGCACGCCGACGCAGAAACCUACUAUUUACAACUCUGAUCAGUGCGCGCAUGUCUCGUGCAAGACUUUAAUAAAUACGCUCAAGGAUCCCGGUGUUAAAUGUCCGGAAUGCAAGCGCGAAUACUGCUUAAGACACAGGUUGAAAGAAGAGCAUGACUGCGCCAAGAUUGCCCCGCGAUCAGGCACCGGCGGUGCCGCCACUCCAAACGAAACGGUCCGCUCAAUGUUUGCAAAGGUCCGAUUGUGGGGGAAGGAUAAGAGUCAGGCAGCAGCAGCUGCCGCCGCUGCGGCGAGACCAAAACCAAAGGCGAAUAGUCCUGCUGCACGAAUGGUCGCGGUAAAUGCUAUGAAGAAAGCGGCCAAGGGCGACGCGAGCGUCCCUGCUGAUAAGCGGAUAUAUCUGCAUGUUGUUGGGACCUCAGAAACGCAAGGGACAGAUCCGCCGAAUGGCGAUUUUUGGUUUGAUUCUCGGUGGAAAGUGGGUAGAAUCUUGGACGAUGCCGCGAGACGAUUAGGCGUUGAAAAUCUGAAUAACCGAGUUGGAGAGGAGGCGCGGUUACGGAUCUUUCAUGUGGAGAGCGGGGAUUUCCUAGAGUUCUCCGAUACUCUUGGAGGUGGGAAAGUCAAGACGGGCGAUACGAUCGUGAUGCUGAGGGGAGCCGGGGUGAUUCUUGGGAAGUGA